CAAGCGAGGAGCCUUUUUGUGUGUUUUCCUAGCAAAAACUCCUAGAUAAUAACUUCAUGCGAUGCGACCGAGCGCUGAGGACGGGAACCGGGAGCCAAUGCUGUAGGGCUGCUGCCUUUGGAUAUGGCUCAAGCCAAGAUUCAACAAACUAGGAAUACGGGAAACCAUCGCGGGAGAUGAAUCGCUCCAUGCUGCCGGUGUGGUGCCACCGAGCGGUAAUCGCGCUGCUGUCAUCUCAAUGUUUGUCUGACUUUGAAGCGACAGCCGCCCGCCCCGCGUGCACUGGUAUUGGGCGCACCACACCGCAUCGGUGGAGUGGGUAUUGGUUGGGGUGCCCUGGCCGUGGAUGCUGCGGGAGUGCUAUAAUUGAACAUACGAAGGAGCACCCACCGCUGCGUUGCUGCUGCCGCUGCCAGUGCCACCGCGUGCGUGUCGGAUCAUCAACACCGACCGUGUCGUAUUGGGAGAGUUUUUCUAUGCGCGCUCUCUUCGCGCCUACUUAUCGUGCCGUUGUCAUCUCGCCACGGCCACGUCCGCACAGGUCGUCAUCAUAGUCAUCGUAUAGAGUCGUCGCCGUCGUGAUCGUCGUCGUCGAAUGUCGUCGAUGCCAGCUCGGUGAAAAGCCGUGAGUACGAGGAGAAUCUUGUUCCGUUGUUCUUCUGCCGUGUCGUCUCAGCUCAGUAGCCGUCGCUAAAAUUUCUCGACGCGGUUGGCUGCGGCGGUGGGCACCGAGGGCAGAUAGCGAGCCUUGACUGCUGUAGUGUGGUGGAUUCACGCGCGCCUUUGCGCUCUUUCUCUCGUGACAUAAGCGCACCGCACAAAUAUCAAUAAUAACAGCAAUAACACACGACAGCAGCAGCAGCAGCAAAAAAAAAAACUCAACAGCAUAAGCAACACAUUUUAACACAUAAGCUGGCUGUUCCUCGCGCGCGUACGAAACUGCAUGGAAAUCUUUUUCACUUGGACCGUUUACACCAACGGCGGCGCGCGUUGACCAGAUCGCAGUUUUGUGUGUGAAAUUCGUACGUACGGCCGGCGCGUUUUCGUCAAUUUCGCUCGUCGCUCGUCGCUUGUCGUCGCCUGCGUUUGGGUUUGGUGUGGGAUUUUCGGUUUUUGGUGAACCCAACAGCGAGCUUUGGCGCUCCGCACGGGAAGAAAAACAAAACAUUCCGAGCUGGGAGUUCGGCGCUGGGCCAGUCGUGACACAUUUGGUGCGAGUGUGAAACUGUAUCCCCGCGGACGUCGGUUGGGAAAACUCUGAUACGGAUCGGUCGGUCACGAUUUGGUGUGUUUACCGGGCGUCUAGUUUUAAUUAACCUCCGCGGAGCAAGUGCGAGCGCUUCAGAACGUUCAGAGCCAUCCGCCGCCAUAUCGGGCAGUUGUGCAGUUAAUUAAAGAUGGAGUUGAAAAGUUCGCGGAAAAGGGAAAUUAAGUGUGGAUGAAAAUUUCCAAAACAGAACAGGCACAAGCAUCGGCAUGUGCAUGUACGGAUGUGUAUGUGUGGAAAACAGCGUAAAUGUAGUGAACGAGUAAAUAUCAAAUGUCGAAGCGGAACCAAUAAAUUGGGAAUCAACGGAAAGUGUGUAGCAAACAUCAUUCAUUGCGAUUCAGGGUCUGCGGGUGCGAUUGAAAUUUAAGUGAACAAUUGAUUAAAUCUAACAGUUUAGGGGCCUAAUUGCGCAGUAAAGUUCAUCUUACAAAAGACAAAAAUACUUCCAACGCUAGAAGUGCUGACAACGUACCGACCGUACAAUAAUAGCAGAAAAGAGAAAAAAAAUCCAAUCAAUCGGUGGAAGAAAUUCUUCGCUUCCAACCGGGGAACAAUGAUGCUGCCUCCAGUCUGGGAGGAAAUGUGUUGUAAGAAGAACUAAGACGAUAUCGUCGAACAAUAAAUUUUCCGAGAAAAAAGAAGAAAUUCCCGUUCGUUUAGCAGAAACUAGAGUGUUGUAAUCGAAGAAGCAGUGUAGUGAAGAUACAGACAAAAAAUCAAUAAAGCCCGAAAUUGUUUUCGGACAAAUUCAGCUCAACUGAAGCGAAAAACUCACAUCCCAUUUUUUUUCGCUCUCGGGGAAGCUCCGGCUAGCCCGCAGGAAGAACAAAUACCGGAGGAAGAGAAAGUCCCGGUCCGGGUGAAGAAGAAAAAGUAACGAAGCGAUAUCCUCACGCACGCACGGAGAGAAAAAUCACAGCUUCGAGUGUAAUAAUGAAUUUGGUAAAUUUUGCGCCAAUCUGCGGGUGUGGGUAAUGCCACUAGUGCUUCUGCCGCUGCUGCUCCAGCUGCCGUUACUAAAGUCUACAACUCCCACCACCCAGAAGCGCCGGCGGUCGAUUGUGGGUGGCAGUGGGCAGAAAAUCAACGUUGUGGAGGUGGUGAAAUGUAAGUGUCGAUUCCACCACUGUAUCGCACCACAGCCAGCCAACCAUCCAGCGCCUGCUAUAGCUACAGCUCUCUAUGAUGGUUUUCUGGCGAAACGAAAGGGGUGGAAGAGAAGAUGAGUCGUGAGUGCAAAUAUACCCCACUCGGUGCCGUCGUCAUCGUCGUGGUGAGAGUGUAAAAAUCCUCUAAUAACUUCAUAGACCUACAGGGAAACGCGAGUGGAAGUGUUGUCACAGGGACGAACCGCACAGAUACUGACACACGGGCACCGACGACGAGAAGACUGUGAGACUGACAAAGACGAAGCGCCAAACAAAAGUGUCUCUAUUGCGCAUAAAUUGUAAGCAUAUUUCUCGACGUUCGGUUUAUUUUUUGCACCCAUCAUAGCGUGAACGGAAGGCUGCCUCGGUGUUGGUGCGGCGAGAUUAUAUCAAAUUACAUUUCACCCGAGCUGGUGUGAGUAUGUCAACCGCGGGUGCAACACCACACGAGAGAAUAAAUAAGAGCAUCAUCACCUAGGAAAGAGUGUCCCAAAGCACGCACACACCCACAGUUGCACAACUUGUCCAAGAGGGGGAGAGCUCGAAAGAAUAAUAAACAACGGCGUCAAAAGAAAAUAAAUAACUGCUUGAAUGCACACACACAAGGUAAUGCCUUGAAGCGAACCGACGAAGAAGCGCUAGCAAGAGUACUUGAGAGCAGAGAGGCAAGAGAAAAAAAAAAAGUCAAAACCUUCUGUGAUAAUCGGAAUCACCCCCUUUCCGACCCACGUCCAGGGUUCAGUCCACUGUUCACACCACACACUAAUCCAACGACACCAGGAAAGGUCGUCUUCAUAGCUCCGCAGAUCCUCGAGACCGGUUUUUGUCCUCUUCUUGGUGACGACGACGACAAAUUCACACAAGACUUUUUGCCUCUAAUCCCCCUCGAUGUUAGUGUACCGAUUGGCUGCGACACACCAAUCCGCGACGAUUAUCACACAAAAUAGAGGGAGUGGCCUGACCGUUGCGAGCCCCGCGUCCGAGUGUGUGUAUGUGCGAGUGCGAGUGAGAGGCCAGAGGGGUGCGGCCGACACCAGCUCAACACGAAAGGUGUGAUUACAGACACCAAAAACCAGACACCAAGCGCUUAGUUUGUCGCAGCAGCGGUAACCAGUUCAUACACGGCCGGCGUGAAGUUAGCAUCGUUGUUGUUGUUGUAGUUUUUGUUUCGUUUUUUUCUCUCGCUCUCGUGUGAUUCUCGCAGCCUCCCCCGCGCCGUGAGCGUACCCACCAGCUACCACCACUAGCACCAACCCCCUCGUAGCCCCCACUUCUCGUGCUUGAAAUCACUGUGCCCACCGUGCGCGCUGCUUUGUGGGUGUGCGAGAGUGUCACGGUAAUUCACGAUACGGCACGCACUUUUUACGACCUUCUCCGCGCGCGCGUUUCUGCGGUAGCUUCAGCGGUUUGGUUCCGGUGGCGUAGCCCCCAUUAGCCCUACGGUGCUGCAUGACUCGCGCGUGUUCUCAGCCAUCAUAAACCAUCAUCCGCGGUUGUUCCCAAAAGUGGUGCUUCGAAAUUUCGUGGAAAACAGGAUAAACCAACAGAAGCUGGGAGAAAAGCAAGCAAACUGUGACCUCCCAGAGUGUGAGUGUAAAGUGUUCGCUUUGUAUCGAUCUAGUACUACCGCGGGGGCUUUCGCACGAUACGACGGCAGCGUUUAGCGAAAACGCGAACAGUGAUUAAUAAUUAAUUGGGGCAAAUUGAAAUACUACCAACGGCCGUCGCUAAUGCUAUCUGGCUCAGUCCCAGAGGAAAAAAAAAACGGCCGCACACAGUGUAAGUGACGGAAGAGAUACAAAUUAUCAUGCAUAAAUUAUCGAUUGAAACUGAUCGCCGUGAACGUAUUGUGAAGUUACAUUGAGAAAAAAAGGAAAAUUAUUGCAAAAGUGUGAUUGCAACAAAUUGGGCAACAAAAUAUCAAAUGCGAAAAAUUGAAACAGUGCAAGUGAAUUGAAAAUCAGUGAACAGUGCUAACGGUGAAGAACGGUGAAAACUGCCGACGCUAGCCGGAGUGAGGAAGGCCACAGGACGACGACAACACACGCGGUGCGACCUCUCGGUGAUGUUGUAAUGAGAUACGACGGUCAAGAAUUACUCCAAUCUGACGAAUUCAGUAGGCCGGCGAAGGGAAUGGCCUAUCAUCCAUUCCUGCAGCUACCGAGACCCACUGACUUCAGCGUGUCGUCGCUGUUGACUGCGGGCUCUCCGCCCCAAGGACAGAACUCCCCCAGUGCUGGUGCCGGUGCUGCCGCAGCAGCUGCCGCCGCCGCAAGUGCCGCUGCCACUGCCAACUCGCCGUACUUUCCGGCCGCAGCGCUGGCGGCCCUAUCGGGUGCUCCCGGAGCACCACCGCCGCAUCUCUAUCCGGGCGCACUGCUGCCGAAGUUACCUCCUCACCAUCCGCACGCACAUCAUCCGCUGGGAGCCGCCUACACGACGGCCGAGGACGUUGUGCUGGCGGCCGUCGCUGCCCAUCAGCACCAUCCUGCGAUGCGGCCACUGCGAGCCCUGCAGCCGGAAGACGACGGCGUCGUCGACGAUCCCAAGGUUACCCUGGAGGGCAAGGAACUGUGGGAAAAGUUCCACAAGCUGGGGACGGAAAUGGUCAUCACCAAGAGUGGCAGACAAAUGUUUCCGCAGAUGAAAUUUCGAGUGUCGGGACUAGAUGCAAAAGCCAAGUACAUACUGUUACUGGAUAUCGUGGCGGCGGACGACUACCGGUACAAGUUUCACAAUAGUCGAUGGAUGAUCGCCGGCAAGGCGGACCCGGAGAUGCCGAAACGGAUGUACAUCCAUCCGGAUUCGCCAUCGACGGGUGAACAGUGGAUGCAGAAAGUGGUGUCGUUUCACAAGCUGAAACUGACCAACAACAUUAGUGAUAAGCAUGGAUUUGUAAGUAGCGCCCGCAUUUUACCUUCCCUUUUAUCUUAUUUGAGAUCGAUUCAGAAAAAAAAACCUCGAGCUCCAGAUUAAAUAUUUGCACCCUGUCAGCGAUUAGCUGACGAGCUUCUGUGGAAUGCCAAUAAAUUUCUCAUGCAUUGCUCCCUCGGCUGUGAUCGAUCAACUCAACACACAUAGCGUAAACACCAUUAAAUUGCCCGCACCCAUGAGCAGGCAGUGGCGUGCAGAUCAACCGAUUAAGUGAGCAAUUGACUUGGUCGUCGAUGAGCAUUAACAGAUAGAAAAAAAAAGCAACAGCAGAUUAAAUACAGCCAAUAAUAAUAUUUGUCAUCAUUAAAUAAUAGGCAAAGAGCCUGCUUCGAUCGGUGCGACAUAUUAACGUCGUCGUCACCGCCGCAACAGAGUAGGCUGCCUCCGGGGGUUGCGGCUGCGGCGAGUAAUGUCGGUAGCUCGCGUUGAAAGCAGGCCAGCAGCCAGUCAGUGGAGAGAUAGCUCCGUUAUGAGCCGACAGAGUCUUUACUAUAAGCACAGGCGGCCUCCUUUGAUCCUCGCGAGCGCGCGUUCAGGCCGCCUUCGAUGAAAGCUUUCAGCGCGCACCAAUGUUGACACCGAUGACACUUUGAAAGUGCUCACACAAUGUUAAUCCACCGAGAAACCGGCAGCGAUAUGGCGCGCGAUGGAGAUUGGUCGUUUUGUACUGUUCUCUAUAGUCUGAGCCGAUAAUCUAAGCAAGGGAAUAGGCAUCGGGAGCUUCUGGUAUAUUCGGGUCUGUUUUCUUUCUGAGGCUCCCCCGGUCAGUGAAGUAGCCAGAACUGUUUCUAUCAAUUGACUUCGUAUGAAAUGUGUGACAAAUGAUAUUACAUAAUUAGAGCAUGAGAUAUUAAUAUAAUUCCCUGUUUUCGAAGUAUGAAUAGGCGUGGCCAGGAGUAGACAUUCAUGCUUUUUAUAUAGAGUGGGUCAAAGUAAACUCCCUUGUUUUAACCAUUCAGGAGGCCAGCCUGUUCGAGCUCGAAACUGCACUGCGCUCGCGCUGUAUACGACGAGCGAGGUUUUUUUUGGUAGUGUUGCACUUUUUACAACGAAGCGCGUCCUGGAUAGUCCUUUCCAGAAGUUUUUCAAAUGUAUCCAAUAAACAAAUACGGCAUAUACGAUACUGGAUAUUCUCCAAGAGUUCUACCAUCAUAAGGAAGUGAUUUCAGGAGGUUUUCCCAGAAAUUCCUUCAGGAUUUUUUUCCAGGAAUUACAUCAGAAAUUUCUCCAGAAAUUGCUCCAGGAAUUUCUCCAGAAAUUCCUACAAGAGUUUUUCCAGAACUCCAGGAGUUUCUCCAGAAAUUCCUCCAAGAAUUUCUCCAGUAAUUCCUCCAGGAAUUUCGUCAGGAAUUCCUCCAAGAAAUUCUCCAGAAAUUCCUCUAGAAAUUUCUCCAGAAACUUCUCCAGAAAUUCUUCCAGAAAUUCCUUCAUGAAUUCCUCCAGGAAUUUCUCCAGAAAUUUCUUCAGAAAUCGCUCCAAAAAUUCCUUCAAAAUUUCCACCAGAAAUUCCUCCAGAAAUUCUUCCAGGAGUUUCUCCAGAAAUCCCUCCAGGAAUUAUUCCAAAAAUUCCAGGAAUUCCUCCAGCAAUUUCUUCAGAAAUUUCCCCAAAAAUUCCUACAGAAAUUUCUCCAAAACUACCUCCAGGAGUUUCCUCCGAGAAUUUCUCCAAAAAUUCAGCAGGAAUUUCUCCAGAAAUUGCUGCAGAAAUUUCUCCAAAAAUUCCUCCAGAAAUUUCUCCAGAAAUUCCUCCUGGAAUUUCUUUAGAAAUUCCUUUUUGAAUUUCUCCAGGAAUUCCUCCAGGAAUUUCUUCAGAAAUUUCUCCAAAAAUUCCUCCAAGAAUUUCUUUAGAAAAUCAUAAGGAAUUUCUCCAGAAAUUUCUCCAAAAAUUCCACCAGUAAUUCCCCCUAAAUUCCGCCAGGAAUUUCUCCAGAAGUUCCUCAAAGGAAUUCUCCAGAAAUUCAUCCAGAAAGUUCUCCAGAAAUCCCUCCAGGAAUUUCUCCAGGAAUUCCUCUUGGAAUUUCUCCAGAAAUUCCUCCAGAAAUUUCUCCAGAAAUUCUUCCAGAAAUAACAGCUGAAAUUCCUCCGGGGAUAUCUCCAACAAUUUCUCCAGAAAUUCCUUCACAAAUUCCGCCAUUGCAUCAGGAAUCCAGAAAUUCCUCCAGGAGUGUAUCAAGAAAUUCCUCCAGGAAUUUAUUCAGAAAUUUCUCCAUAAAUUCCUCUAGAAAUUACUCCAAAAAUUCCUUCAGGAAUUUCUUCAGAAAUUCUCCAGGAAUUUCUCCAGAAAUUUAUCCAGAAAUGACUCCAAAAAUUCCUCCAAGAAUUUCUUCAGAAAUUUCUCCAGUAAUUCUUCCAGGAAUGCCUUUAGAAAUAUCUCCAAAAGUUCCUCCAGGAAAUUCUCCAGGAAUUUCUCCUGGAAUUUCUCCUGGAAUUUCUCCAGAAAUUCACCAGGAAUUUCUCCAGAAAUUGCUCCAGAAAUUUCUCCAGUAAUUCCUCCAGGAAUUUCUCCAGAAAUUCCUUCAGGAAGUUCUCCGAAAAGUCUUCCAGGAAUUACUCCAGAAAUUCUCAAGAAAUUUCUCCAGAAAAUUCCCUCUGAAAAUUCUCCAGAAAUAACUCCAGAAAUUCCUCCAAGAUUUUCUCCAGAAAUUCCACCAGAAAUUGCACAAGAAAUUUCACCAGGAAUUUCUCCAGAAAUUCCUUCAAAAAUUUCUCCAAAAAAUCUUCCAUGAAUUUCUCCAGAAAUUCUCCAGGCAUUUCUCCAGAAACUCCUCUACAAACUUCUUCAGGAAUUCCUCUAAGAAUUUCUCCAGGAAUUCCACAAGGAAUUUCUUCAGAAAUUCCACCAAGAGUUUCUCCAGAAAUUCCAUCAAAAAUUUCUCCAGAAAUUCUAGAGGCAUUUCUUCAGAAACUCCUCUAGAAAUUUCUCCAGGAAUUUCUCUAGAAAUUUCUCCAGGAAUUUCUCUAAGAAUUUCUCCAGGAAUUUCAAUAGGAAUUUCUCCAGAAAUUCCACCAGUUAUUUCUCCAGAAAUUCCUCCAAGAAUUUCUCCAGAAAUGCCUCCAAGAAUUUCUCCAGAAAUUCCUCCACAAACUUCUCCAGAAAUUCCUCCAGGAAUUUCUCCAGUAAGUUCUCCAGGAGUUACUCCAGAAAUUCCUGGAGGAUUUUUUUUCAGAAAUUCUUCCAGGAAAUUCACCAGAAAUUCUUCCAUGAAUGUUUUCAGAAAUUGCCGCAGGAAUUUCUCCAGAAACUCUUCCAGGAAUUCCUCUAGGAAUUUCUCCAAAUAUUCUUCAAGGAAUUUCUCCAGAAAUUUUUCUAGCAAUUUAUCUAGAAAUUCCUCGAGGAAUUUCUCCAGAAAUUCCUUCAGAAGUUUCUCCGGAAAUUCCUCCAGGAAUACUCCAGAAACUCAUCCAGGAAUUACUCUAGAAAUUCCUCCAGGAGUUUCUUCAGAAAUUCUCCUAGGAUUUUCUCAAGAAAUUUCUCAAGGAUUUUUUUUGAAAAAUCCUCUAGGAAUUUCUCCAGAAAUUCCUCUAGGAAAUUCUCCGGAAGUUCCUCUAGGAAUUCCUCCAGAAAUUUUUCCAGGAAUUUCUCUUGAAAUUCCUUCCAAAAAUUUUCUAGAAGUUCCUCCAGCAAGUUCUCCAGAAAUUCAUCCAGGAAAUUUUGCUAGGAAUUACUCCAGAAACUCCUCCAGGAAUUUCUCUAGAAAUUUCUUUAGGAAUUUUCCCAAAUUUUUUUUAAGGAAUUUUUCCAGGAUUUUCUCAAGGUUCAAAAAAUUCCUCUAGGAAUUUCUCCAUAAAUUCCUAUAAGAAUUUCUCCAGAAAUUCCACGAGGAAAUUCUCCAGAAAAUCCUCUAGGAAUUCCUCUAGAAAUUUCUCCAGGAAUUUCUCCAGCAAUUACUUCAAAAUUUUUUCAAGAAGUUCCUCCAGAAAUUCAUUUAGGACUUUUUCCAGAAGUUUAUCCAGUCUAAAAAUUCAUCCAGGAAUUUCUUCAGAAAUUCCUCUAGGAAUUUCUCCAGAAAUUUUUCUAAGAAUUUCUCCAGAAAUUCUUCAGGAAUUUCUUUAGAAUUUAUAAAUGAAUUUCUCCUGAAACUCUUCAGGAUUUUCUUUUGAAAUUCUACAUGAAUUUCUCCAGAAAUUCCCAGAAUUCAAACAGACUUUUGACAGAAAUUCUUCAUGAAUAUCUCAAGAAGUUCCUUAGAAAUUUCUCUAUAAAUUCCCCAGGAUUUUCUCUAGAAAUGCGUCAGUAAGUCCUUUAGGCAUUUCUUCAGAAACUUCUCCAGUGGUUUCUCAAAGCUUAACAAUUUCAACCAGAUGUUUCUUCAGAAAAUCUCCCGGGAGUUGCUACAGGAAUGUCUCCACAAACUCUUUUCGCGAAUUUUCCCUAAAAGUACCAGACAUUUCCGGGAAUUCGCCGGAGUUAGCUCAAUGAAUUCAGGUAUUUUGAGAGGAAUUCCUCCGAUGAGUUGUGGAGAAAUUCUUACAAAAUUGGUCUCCCUUAUCAUUUUUCCCGGCUACGUCACUGUGUGAAUAAAGUAAAGCUGAUUGUCUUUAGAUGACAUUCGUCGUCCAAGUGCCAAUGUAUUGCGGGAGCUGUCGAAGCUUCUCCGCGUCGCGCCGCGCCACGCGGCCACGACGCGACGGUGACAAGUGGAACUGAUAUAAACCGGCGUACAAACAAAUCUAUUUGGCCUGAUGUGGUGACAAAAGCUACCGACUGUCGGGACCCACUUGAAUUGCGCUUAAUUGUGUUUACAGUAAACAUGAUCGAGCGUUUGGUUGCGAAGAGGUAGUGCGGGAACAAGAAAAGGUUGGUUGGUGAAGAGGCUGGUGCGGUGAUCCAUUAGGACGAGAUUUCGUCGGAUCAACAAAGAAAAAUUUGCCGCGAAUGUAAUUAAUACAAGCGUCCAGCGUAAUGGGGGCUGAUAAGGGAGUGGGAUGCUGAUAGUAUUUGUCCAAAUUUGAGCCUGGCAUGAAAUGUUUAUGUUAGCAACGGCUACUGUUUGCAGUUGAUGCAGUUGUCUCGGCUAUCGCUUCCUGCUAAAUACGAAUUCCUUUGAAAUCCGGUCGCGAUUCGGAAGUGGAAGCGGCCACAUCCAAGCAAUCUGUCAAACAUUCAUAUGAUUUAUUGGAUGACUGCAGCAGUGCGGAUGUCUUUUAUCAGGCACCCAGCUGACUACGAUUGCGACCACUUCUUGCCAGCACACCAGCCUGCUUUGUUUGCUCCAAUAGCGACAGUUGCGCAACGAACACUCGGAAUUCCAAACAACAAAAAGAACGCUACACUAAUUCCAUUUAUCAAUAAAUUGAACGAACAAAGCAACAACCCAAAAAAAUACUCCGGCUGCCACCGAUUGGUGUGGUGAAAUCAAGAUAAUCGCUUGUUCCCAAAUUACAACUCCCUUACAACAACCCAUUAACUGCUUGUGAACCCGCAUCAUCCGACGACGACGACGACAGCAGAAGCCCUAACGCUUCACUGACAUCGACGACGACGGCGACAACGACGAUUGAAAAGGAAACCCCCGGACGAGUGACAUUUGUGGCCGUAUCGCUUAAACGUUUUUCUAGCCCCGAAAAUUUGCCGGAUAAUGAUCUUCCACGGGGGUUUCGAAAGCCGUCGUCGUCAUCGUCGGCUUGAAUGAAUUCCAUAGAUAUACCUUAUCUGACUGGUGUGGGGUGGAACGAGGCGGGGGACGCACACACAAAAAGACAUUCAGGAUCUUCUUUGCUUUUGGUGAGCGCGCCCUCGAGGACCGAGCACACCUUGAGUGCUUUGUGCGGGACUCCUUCAGGCACCGACGACGGCGGCAGCAGCAACAGCAGCAGUAGCCCGAAGAAAAGGAUAUCUGCUUAUCUCCUUGUGCGGGGCUGCCACCGUCUUCGUCCCCUUCCAAGUUCGCCUAUCAUGAAAACACGAACGUUCAGCGGUUCCUUUCUUAUUUCUUUCCUUCGGUUUCUAGCCCACUACACAUGACAAGCCCAGAGAGUUACCGAAUCGUUCUGACAUGAAAAGGAUCAGAUGAAAAGAGCACAAUGAAGAAUUUUAGAAAAUUAGGAAUAUUAUUUGGACAUUGAUCCUAUUGUUGGGUGGCACUCGACUCUCAAAACUGGAACGCAGAAGUUUUCUUCUCGGGAUACUUUCAUCCACCUAGCCAUCUAGUGGGUAGGUAUUGUGAUCAACCCUGCGCCGGGCCCGUCAAUCGCAGUAGCCCACGUUGCCUGCAGUGGUCGUUGCUCAGGGAAACAACUCAAUGAAGCACACAGUAGUAGGCCCACUUGGAUGUCCUUUGCGCAUUCCUCUUUGAUCCUGCUCGGUUCGGAUUAAAUCUGGCGGUGAAUCACACACAGGCCCGCACAUCAGAUGGUCCUCUUCUUAGAUAGAUCCGAAAAACCACACAAAGGACCUUCGCAAUUGGCCCUUACCUACCUGUGCGUGCACUGCAGGGAAGGGAUGCACCCGGUAGAUAAUCCACUUUCGAGUGCAUUCCUUUGCAAAUGCGAUUUUCUGUUUCUCCUCCAUUCGGAUGGCAGAAAAUUUCAUUCAUCAUCGGGUGAGCUGAACCCACAGUCUCUCUAUGGGCGCCUCUUUGCACCGGUUUGCAUGCUAAAGAGGUGACAAUCUCAAAUCAAGUGUGUGAUGAAUAGUAGAUGGAUUCGGUCGUACGUGAAAGAGAGCACAACAACAACAGCCGCGGUAAACGCAUUAGGCUGUGCAAAUAUUGAACUUCUUGCGCCCGUGAAAAGAUGCAAUAAGCGUUGUACACAUUCUGGGGUACGUCCAGAUGUUACGUGACGUGGAGAAUUUUAACAUCCUCAGUCAGAAAGUGGAGAGAUUCACCUAGCAGGGGAAUGAUAUUGAUGGUAUAACUUGCACAGAUGCAGUUUCCGUGGAUGUUCAUUGGAAGCGUUCAUGAAGCGCUCUUAGUCUUCUGAAGGAACUUAUGCCGUACUCCCUGGAGCUUCAGAUGAUAUGUUAACACGUAUCUCACUUACCGGCACGUCGUUUUCAAUAACUGAGAGAAUGAUUUUCUUGUAGACAGCAAAGUUAUUCCUGAAGGGCAAGCUGGACAUAUGGUUGAUAAAGGGAUACAACAAUUGAGGUAGAGCGUUGCACUUUGUAACGGUUGUCUCUACCUGUUCCUUGAAAACCAGCUUGCUGUUUAUUGUCCAGCUGAGAAGGCCAUCCUUGUUGGAUCCUUCCAAGCCGAUCCAUUGAGAAAGAUUUUAUCAUCCUCAUGCAUAAGAAUUGUCGGGGUUUUGAUGUGAAGACAAAGGGCGACCUAGGUAUUUGCAGCAUUAAUGCAGAUCUUCCAGCUGGAGAGAUAGUUUGACGGGUCUUCCUGGUCUAUCUGGAGCUUCGAUGCCAGCAAACGGAUGUGUCUACCACCGUAGAUGCUGUAGAUAACGAAUGAGUCGUCCUCGGAGGCAAAGAUGUUGAACAGUAGCGGACUUAGUAUGCUGCUCUGUGAGACGCCAGCCGAGACUUCGUACGCAUCAGAGUUCCCUCCGUUUAUGAAAUGUCCUGCUUGUUAUAGAUAGUUCUUGACGAUGUUGGAAGAUUGUAUUGGAUUGGAUUGUGUUGUCUUCAGCUCUGCUGUUGAUGGUGCGUUAUGUUACUAAAAGCUUUUAUUAGUCACGACCUCUUGCAACCGUUCCUAGGUCUGGCAACGGCAUCCUAUAGACCCGAAGUAAUCAUCCGCCAAGCCCUUCGAAAUAACGAUCUGGGACAUCUUCACGUGAUUCACCGCAUCCAUGCGAGUCGCAGCCGUCACGCCACCUGGAAACGAUAAAAGUGGGGUUUGUCGAAAGCUGUGGUUACCGACCGCUGGCCGACGCUAUACCACACCGAAAGCUCAUUUACCUAGCGACACCGUUCUGUUUGUCCUGUUCGCCAGCGACUCAACGGUGAUUUUUGAAUAUUGUGGCUACCCCCGACCGCCUUCAGACAAUAUCGCCCGCCGAGCGCUACUGGGUCUCCACCCGUAACAUCCGUAACCAUUUUGUCGAUUACCCCAUCCGGUGAAGUCUUUGCCGCUUAGAACGUGGUGGUUGGAAUCCCUGGUGUUACCCCUUGCCACUCGCUAAACGUCCCUGCUGGCAUCCGAAGUCUGGAGUUUCGGGUGUUCGCAGCCCACUGCCCCGCGGCUUCGCCCUUCACUGCUGACAAUUUUCCCCUAUUCAAACGCCAUG